CAGUUGCAUGCACUCCAAACACAGAAGUACGUUUUACGAAUUUUGGUAACCUAUAUAUCUGCUCACACUUUUACGUGAAUGAGCUAUAAGGUAAGACACUUUCAAACUAUUAACAGAUAUGAAUCAGAGUAAAAUUCCGCAAAAGGAAUUACGGAAUUCCUUUCUGACUUCAGGCCCUGACUUUCAAAGAGAUUAAUCCAAUACUGGGCAUCUUUAUACUAGGUGGCCUACUGAAGACUUGAUGGAUCAUCCAAGGUGCCUGUUGCGUUGAAAGCUCGUUGUAAGCUGCAGUUUAUACAUGGCAUUAAUGAGACUUUCUUCAUUCAUUGUCCCGCGCUAGAAGAACUGACGUACGGUAUAGUAUCUCGUGAAAGAAAGAAAACAAAAAGAAAAGCAUACAAAAUAAGUUAGAUAUUUUAACAUUAUUUUAAUCAAAAUUUUAGCAUAUGUAACCCUGAAAUUAUUCAUUCAAAUAUUUUUCUUUUAAAUAACACAAAAAGGUAAACCCUAAGCAAUAUAAAUAUAUAUAUAUAUACACAUGUAUGUAUAACUAUAUUGGGUAACAUAACAAUAAUAUUAUUGUUAAUGAAUUAUUAGUGCUACCAUUGAUUUUUAUAAUAAUUUACAAUAAAUUAACGCACUUGUGCGGCGACGAAACAUGGGAAUCACCGACUGUACUGUUAUCAGUGGAUUUUACUCAGAAAAGAAGAUCUGGUGAUAACCAUUUGAAUUGACCGCCGUACGGGAAUGAAUUAUCGCCUAUACAUCGCUAUGACGUUAAUGAAAGACAUCCGUAUUUUGAUGUCGGCUUUCCAUCUUCUGAUGGGGGCAAGUAUAGCUUUAUGUGAUGAAAACGAGUAUCGUUUGGUGCGGGAUUUAAUGAAAAAUUACAACAAGCAAGUUCGGCCAUCGUCAAAUUUCUCAGAGGCUCUUAAUGUGACCUUCGGAGUGGCACUGGCACAAAUUAUUGAUGUGGAUGAAAAGGAUCAAAUUAUAACAACUAACUGCUGGAUUAAUCAAAACUGGAUCGAUUACAAGCUGCAGUGGGAUCCAAUCAAAUAUGGCAAUGUGUCCGUCAUCCGCCUUCCUUUUAGUGACAUUUGGCGUCCUGAUAUUUUACUGUACAAUAAUGCUGACGUGAAGGCGUUCGAAUCGUCCAUCAGUACGAACGUGAUAGUCACCAGCGAGGGAAACGUCACCUGGUUGUCCAUGGUCAUCUUCAAGAGUUCAUGCUCCAUCGAUGUCAAGUUUUUUCCUUUCGACGAACAGAACUGCUCCAUGGAAUUUGCGUCAUGGACGUACGACGCAUACCAAGUUAAUAUAUUAACCAAUGGUGAAGACAACGGGGACAUGUCAAACUACAUCGAAAAUUCAGAGUGGUCCCUGAUCGGCUUUCAACAAAAGCGGCACGUCGUUCGUUUCUCGUGCUGCGAGGAACCCGCGCUAAAAUCUUACACCAAGAGAUUAGAUGGUCCACUGCUUCAUCCCAUCGUUACCGUAUCGGCACUUUUGGUCUACACCACAACAAUGACCAGUUUCCGAUUUUCGGUGAUUCAUCUUGAAGAUAGUAUGAGCAAGACUAUUUAA